AUGAGAUGCCCAUUGACUAUCUUACCUCAUAUUAUACUAUUUCCAUUGACAUGGGGUUUCCAUAAUCCCCAUGAUAUAUCAAUGGAUUCGGCACAAUGGCUGAUGGAGAACCAAGGUCAUGGGAGACACUUGGUAAGAUCUUUUUUUGGGGGUGAUACGAGUUAUGCCCCGGAUGAAGCCGAUUGUCCGGAGAAUCAAGAAUGGUUAUGGACCGCAGACCAUUUAUCGAAAGGGGAAGAAAAAUUUCUGAAGAAACGAGAGAAAGUAGUCAAGGAAGCUGUAAAGAAGAUGAUGGAUAGCCAACAGAUGCCUGCUCCUCCUCAGACACCGGUCAUUGGAUAUGCGAUAUCAGGAGGUGGAUAUAGAGCGAUGAUUACCGGUUUAGGAGGCUUGAUGGGUCUAAUGAAGCAGAGUGAAGAAGCUGUCAGAGCUGGCACGGGUGGUUGGGCAGAUGCUAUCACGUACAUGGCCGGGUUGAGUGGCGGUUCCUGGGGGACAGCGAGCUGGAUCUCGAACGGAGGGAUGUUACCGCUGGAUAUGAUCGAGAAAGUAUGGAACCUCGAAUCGAAUCUGAUAUUGCCCGAUGAUGGUAAACUCUCAUUCUACUCGAAUUUGAUCCGUCAAGUGGACGCAAAGCGAAAAGCGAAUUUCCCAGCUCAAUUGACGGAUUACUGGGCAUUAGCUCUGGGGGAACAACUUCUCCCUGAAGAAUACAGAAUGAAAGGGCAUGCUGACUUGACGAUAUCGUCAUUGCCUAAAAAGGUGAAGAAGCUGAGUGAUGGUGAACUACCCAUGCCCAUUAUCAUCGCUUCCCAACGAGAAGAAGGUGAAUAUGUGAUAGCGCAGAGUGCGACUGUAUGGGAGUCCACGCCAUAUUCGUUUGGUUCAUGGGCUUUCGGUUCGAAGAGGAAGACACCAGGAGGAUUCACUCCUGUGGAAUAUUUAGGGACGACUCUGGACAAUGCUCAGGCUAAAGGCCAGUGCUGGAAAGGCUUGGACAGACUUGCAUUCAUAAUGGGCACUUCUGCCACUUUGUUCAAUGGUCUUCUCCUGGAAUUGAACGGUACCAACUCGGACAAUAUCAUUGUAACAGCUUUGAAAGGGAUCUUACAUGAGAUCGGAGAAGAUAAUUUCGAUGUGGCGAGAAUACCCAACACGUUCAAAGGGUGGGAUGUUGAAGAAAAUCCGCUCAAAGACUUCGACCUCCUUACUCUGGUUGAUGCAGGCGAAACGGACCAGAAUAUCCCUCUUGAACCACUACUAGUCCCUGAGAGGAAUCUCGAUGCUAUUAUCACCUUCGAUGCGUCUAGACAAACCGAGACCAGCUGGCCCAAUGGAAGUUCAAUUCACACCACGUCUGAACGUGCUGUCAUACUGGAUGAAAGGGACGAUACGAGGAUCAAGAUGCCAAAAGUACCUACAGCAAACGGAUUCAUCAAUGGCGGCUUGAAUACUCGACCGACUUUCUUUGGUUGUGAGAACACGACUACCCCUUUGAUCGUAUACAUCCCUCAAUUCCCUUGGACAUACUAUUCAAACAAAUCCACAUUUCAACUGGAUUUUGACCUUCACGCCGCUAAGCAGACGAUGUUGAACGGUAUGCGAUCGCUUACACUCAACUCCACUGUGCCUACUUGGCCCAAAUGUCUCUCUUGUGCAUUAACCGAUCGUGCUUUCGCUUAUACCUCCCAGAACAGGACGGAUGAGUGUAAGAAGUGUUUCGAUGAUUUCUGCUGGGAUGGGACCAGUAAUGAUUCCACACCACCGGAGUACAAACCUGUUCUAGGUGUACCUGAUUGGCUGGAAAACAAAGGCUUAGUAGACUCAAGAUAUAAGGAUGGAAAGGAAGGAACGAAUAAUUGGAAGGAUGAUGAGGCUUCGGGUUUGAAGAAAGGAGGAUUCGAGGAGAUCGCUAAAGGUUUCAUGGAGAGGAUAGGUCUUGACUUCUGA